AUGGUUCACUGCGCUGGCUGCAAGCGACCCAUCUUGGACCGGUUUCUCUUGAACGUUUUGGACCGGGCUUGGCACGUCAAAUGCGUUCAGUGCUGCGAGUGCAAAUGCAACUUGACCGAGAAGUGUUUCUCCCGGGACGGGAAGCUUUACUGCAAAAACGACUUCUUUAGGUGUUUUGGUACCAAGUGCGCAGGCUGUUCGCAGGGCAUCUCUCCCAGUGACCUGGUCAGGAGAGCGCGGAGCAAAGUCUUUCACUUGAACUGUUUCACCUGCAUGAUGUGUAACAAACAGCUCUCCACAGGUGAGGAACUUUAUAUCAUCGAUGAGAACAAGUUUGUUUGCAAAGAAGACUACCUGACCAACAGCACCACUGCCAAAGAGAACAGUCUGCACUCAGCCACCACCGGCAGCGACCCCAGUCUAUCCCCAGACUCCCAAGACCCCUGCCAGGACGACGCCAAGGACUCUGAGAGUGCCAAUGUGUCCGACAAGGAGGUGGGCAGCAAUGAGAACGAUGACCAAAAUCUGGGGGCAAAACGGCGGGGGCCUCGCACCACCAUCAAGGCCAAGCAACUGGAGACCCUCAAGGCAGCCUUUGCCGCCACUCCCAAGCCCACGCGACACAUCCGGGAGCAGCUGGCACAGGAGACCGGCCUCAACAUGCGGGUCAUCCAGGUUUGGUUCCAGAACCGGCGCUCCAAGGAAAGGCGCAUGAAGCAGCUGAGCGCGCUGGGCGCCCGCAGGCACGCUUUCUUCCGCAGCCCCCGCCGCAUGAGGCCGCUGGUGGACCGCUUGGAGCCGGGCGAGCUCAUCCCCAACGGGCCCUUCUCCUUCUACGGAGAUUAUCAGAGCGAAUAUUAUGGACCUGGGAGCAACUAUGAUUUUUUCCCACAAGGACCUCCUUCUUCUCAAGCUCAGACACCUGUCGAUCUCCCAUUUGUACCCUCCUCCGGGCCAUCAGGAACACCGCUUGGGGGGAUGGACCACCCUUUACCUGGACAUCACCCUUCCAGUGAAGCUCAGCGUUUCACAGAUAUCAUGUCCCACCCACCCGGAGACUCUCCCAGCCCAGAGCCCAACCUUCCUGGCUCAUUGCACUCCAUGUCGGCAGAAGUUUUUGGCCCGAGUCCGCCAUUUUCCUCCAUAUCCGUCAAUGGUGGUGCUAAUUACGGCAACCAUUUGUCACAUCCACCUGAAAUGAACGAGGCAGCUGUAUGGUAG